CAAUUGGUACCAGGAGAGCCAAGAAGCCACACGCAUCUCUGCCUCUUUGCUCUGGCUCUCCCACCCUCUUCCCUUCUUUCUCUGCUUCCCUGUCACUGUUACUCCAGGAGACUUUCACUUUCACCAACCUUUCUCCAAGCAUCUCCAAGCCACUGACUAGAUAUACUUUGCUACAAGACCCUGGAAGAGGAAAAAGGCACGAGACUUUUCAACACAUCGUUUAAAAUUAUCAACAACGAAUUUCUCGAAAUGUUUGAGGACAAUUAAAAGGAAAAGGCGUUUUUGAUCUACUAAGUGAACAAUCAUUCGUAACAUCCCGAGAUAUUAUCGCCCCUCCUUGUCACCAGCGCGAUGACAGCUGCUUUUUCGUUUUUGAAUGUAAUAAAUAUUUGCUGCUUUUAACAUUUUCCGGAAUUUCCCCCUCGCUAUUCCCUGGAAUUUUAACUCUAAAAGAUUGGAGAAAAGAUUAUCGGAAAGGCUUUGGCAAGCCUCCAAAAUGAUGCUGAGUCCAGACCAAGCCGCAGACUCCGACCACCCCAGCUCCGCACACUCGGACCCGGAGUCGCUGGGCGGCACGGACGCCAAGGUGCUGGGCAGCGUGUCGGACCUGGAGCCGGUGGAGGAGGCCGAGGGAGACGGCAAGGGUGGCAGCCGGGCCGCGCUCUACCCGCACCCGCAGCAGCUGAGCCGCGAGGAGAAGCGCCGCCGCCGGCGCGCCACGGCCAAGUACCGCUCGGCCCACGCCACCCGCGAGCGCAUCCGCGUGGAGGCCUUCAACCUGGCCUUCGCCGAGCUCCGCAAACUGCUGCCCACGCUGCCCCCGGACAAGAAGCUCUCCAAGAUCGAGAUCCUGCGGCUGGCCAUCUGCUACAUCUCCUAUCUCAAUCACGUCCUGGACGUGUAGGGCGGGGGCCGGCGAGGGAGGCCGCCCGUCCGGUUGCAACGCGAAACGCGACGGACCCGGGCGGCCGCCGCGGGGAUGGCGGAGGCGGCGGUGGCCCAGCGGGACAGCAGCUGCGUAAGACUUGGACGGGGAAAGAAACUCCCAACCUGUUCUCUCUGGUCAGCAGGGAGGUUUCCGAGGCUGGGAGGUGGGGCUGUCUGGCGAGCCCUGGGGCUCACAGGGGGGAUUUUCCAGGCCAGGAGAACCUCCUGGAGGCACCGGAGAUGAGCCGCCUCCGGGCCUCCCCUUGGUGUGUUAGGAUCCCUUUAAGGGGUGUUGCUUUAACCCACUGGAGACUUUGAGUUCUCCCAUAUUUAUCUCCCACGAAUCUUCAUGUUUUGAAAGAAUGAGGGCAGAAGCUCGGGGGAGAUAGGCUCAUAAUUUUAGACUAUCUGGAAUUUUUCUAAUUGACAAAUCACCAAACAUCGGGGAGGAGGGGGGGAGAGUCUCUUCCAUAUAAAGAUUUUAGGCACAGAAAGGUGGAACAGGAAACUUCCCCUCUGUUGUGAAAAGAAAGAUGAUAUUAGAAUCCAAUCAAACCCUGAAUACUUGGAGAGGUUAAAAGACACUUUGAAGACAAAUAGACACACUGUGGGAGGAUUUGAGCUUGGUGAUAUUUUAUCCCCAAGAUAAUGACACUAAGGUAGGCAGGAAAAUCCAUAUUUGAGUGGAAAAUUUAAUAUCUGAUUGCUUUUCAGGCAAAGUGCCCCUUUAUAUAUCCAAAAACAUCUAUUUGUGACCUUAAACAUGUGGACCCAUAGAUGCAGUUAGAAAAAGACAACCUAUUUUUAUUUAUGUUAGAAGGAGUAGAGUAUUUUUUUCAAGACAUUUAUUUUUCAGAGUGGUGAUAAUUUUACUUUGGAUACUCUGUGCCAAUUUAUUUAUAGUCGAGUGUUUACACUUUUUCCUGUGGAAUAACGUCUAACUUUUUACGUGUUUGUUGAGAUUAUCCUGUGGUCUUUCUUUUUGCUCUAAUUAUAUUGCACUUGUAUAGCAAAUCUCCCACUUCUCCCGAUUUCUAAACAUAUUUUAUAUAUUAAGAUGUUUGUUCUUGAAAGGUUUUUCUGUUGUGAGAUGAGCAACACUAGCACUUCACUAUUAUAGUUUUUUAAGAAAGUGUGUUAUUCUUACCUGUAGUUAUGUCUGAAAAGUACUUUACAAACUGUUUAUAAGGAGAGUAGCUUCUUUGUGCGUGUGUGUGAUGUUUGUGCGUGGGAUGAUUUUAGGAAAUUAAGUUAUUUUCCUAAAAAAGAUAAUAAUUCAGAACUACUUUCCUCUGUGACACCAAAAAGAAAAGUCUGUAACCUGAAAAUGUUUCAUGUUCUCAGCUGUGAUACUCUUAAAACAAGGAGUGUAUUUUAGAGACAAGGGAAAAAAAAACACAUCUGCUAUCCAAAGAUUUUAGUCUUUUUCAGGGUUUUUUUGUGUCUCCGUUGCUUUAUAUAAUGCAAUAUUUUGUAGUGAAAAUAGAUAUAAUCUGGUUUCUAUCUGACGAGUUUUUCAUAUCUCAUGAAUGGUGCGCUGUUUUGCAUAUAAAUAAAGGUAUCA